GAAUGCUACUGCAGCAUGGUGCUGGCCUGGCUUCCUGUGGCCUCUGCUCAUCCACACAGAGGACGACAUUGGUCCAGCAGAUCACAGAUCUGUGUCAUUGUCAAUACAGCUUUGACCCUUUGGUCCACCGAAGGUUCCACAGUGAAGACCACUGCCAUUGAGGAAGUUGUUAACAGUAGAAUGACCAGGACCUUGACAGAAAUUGAUUCCCAGGAAGAGUCAUCAGGUCAUUCUUUGCUGCUGCAGAGCUGCAGGUGUUCCAGCCAGGAGUUCUGUCCAGCCGACAUCAUCUCCACCGUUGAGUUUAACUACUCUGGAGACCUUCUUGCAACAGGAGACAAAGGUGGCAGAGUUGUUAUUUUCCAACGGGAACAAGAGAAUAAAGGCCGCACUCACUCUAGGGGAGAGUACAAUGUUUACAGUACCUUUCAGAGUCAUGAGCCAGAGUUUGACUAUUUGAAAAGUCUAGAAAUUGAAGAAAAAAUUAAUAAAAUCAGGUGGUUGCCGCAACAGAAUGCUGCUCAUUUUCUACUCUCUACAAAUGAUAAAACUAUUAAAUUAUGGAAAAUAAGUGAACGGGAUAAAAGAGCAGAAGGUUAUAACUUGAAAGAUGAAGAUGGACGACUUCGAGACCCAUUUAGAAUUACGGCACUACGGGUUCCAAUAUUGAAGCCCAUGGACCUUAUGGUAGAAGCAAGUCCACGACGAAUUUUUGCAAAUGCUCAUACAUAUCACAUAAAUUCCAUUUCAGUAAAUAGUGAUCAUGAAACAUAUCUCUCUGCAGAUGAUCUGAGAAUUAACCUAUGGCAUUUAGAAAUCACAGAUAGAAGCUUCAACAUUGUAGACAUCAAGCCAGCUAACAUGGAGGAGCUGACAGAAGUCAUCACCGCCGCUGAGUUCCACCCACACCAGUGCAACGUGUUGGUCUACAGCAGUAGCAAGGGGACCAUCAGGCUGUGUGACAUGCGCUCCUCUGCCCUGUGUGACAGGCAUGCCAAGUUUUUUGAAGAGCCAGAAGACCCCAGCAGUAGAUCCUUUUUCUCAGAAAUAAUCUCGUCUAUAUCUGAUGUCAAGUUCAGCCACAGUGGUCGGUACAUGAUGACCAGAGACUAUCUGUCGGUGAAGGUAUGGGACCUCAACAUGGAGGGCAGGCCUGUCGAGACCCACCAGGUACAUGAGUACCUACGAAGCAAGCUCUGCUCCUUGUAUGAGAAUGACUGCAUCUUUGACAAGUUCGAGUGCUGCUGGAACGGUUCAGACAGUGCCAUUAUGACGGGCUCCUACAACAACUUCUUUAGAAUGUUUGAUAGAAACACUCGGAGAGAUGUUACGCUGGAAGCCUCAAGAGAGAACAGCAAACCCCGAGCCUGCCUGAAGCCCCGCAAAGUAUGUACAGGGGGUAAGAGAAAGAAGGACGAGAUUAGCGUGGACAGUUUGGACUUCAAUAAGAAGAUCCUUCACACAGCCUGGCACCCCAUGGAGAGCAUUAUUGCUGUAGCUGCCACCAAUAACUUGUAUAUAUUCCAGGACAAAAUUAAUUAAGGAAACUGACUGGAGGACCAAGUGUUGUCUUGCAUAGUUAAGCCGGUUGUUUUCCCGUCAAAGAAAUGGCAUUGUCCUCUCCAUUGAGAAUAGUGACGCACUUCCACUUCCCUCAUAGACACAGGAGAAGAAGGGGUCUCAGCUGGAGUCUUGGGAGAGAUGAAUGCUGCUGCUGAAGGGAAAACCUACUCGAAGCUGAAUUGGUGGACUUUGUUCAAUAAAGGCCGUUACUCAAAUGUA